GACGACCGAUGUUUGCGAAAAACAAUGAAAAUUGAAAAUGGUGGAUUAGCAUUUUAUUAUGUUUUCUAAAUAUCCAUGGCUUAAUAAUUCUAAUUCUUUAAAUGAUAUGAUAUGAAAAAAAUAUAAUUCAAAUUCAAUACAAUAGUCUGACUUUUACUAAUAAAAUAAUCCCACACUAAAGUAUACGAGUUCGUAUCAAAAAGCGCUCCAUAUAUAGUACUUAUAUUUACAACACCUGAACAAGACCGAACUUAUAAUGGCGAAAGUCGAACAACCUAUAUUCAUCCUGCCAAAGAAACGAAAUGGAAAGAAGCCAAAUGCAAUCGCCGGGCACGUUGAUCAUAUAAUCACAGUGCAGGGAGCUGUGGAUACUGAAUUGCCGUCGAAAUACAAAAACGGACUUUCACCGGUUUCUGAGCAUGUAGUUAAUGGAAUUAUCCAUUCAACAAUGGAAGGUCUCAAAUCUAAUAUGAAAAUAAAUCUUCCAAUCAUCAAUGAUGUUAAUGAUGAAGAAAUGACUGAAAAUCAAUUACAGUUGGAUCAGAAGCCUUUAAGCUUACAGAAGAAUGGCUACCAACCGCUGUCAACAAUACACAGCAGCCGUGAAAUUAUUGACCUAUCGCCAAUAUACGAGAACUCUUCCGACGCAUGCUCCAGUCAUGGUGACUUGAAAGAAAUAAAUGAUAAUGAUAUCCAAAGAAGCUGCCGAAUUUUGAAUUCAGAAUACAAUGAGAGUUCUUGUGCCACACCAAACAGCUUAUCGCAAACACAGUCUGAAAACAGCUUUGAAAUGGGACUGCUGACCGACAGUCUUAAAAACAGUGCUAAAAGGAGAAAACGUGUCAACAUUGUGCCUGGUAUCGUAGAAACUGACAACACUGACACAGAGAUCACAGCUCUAAGAGUAGAAUCAGAAGGGUCAAUAUCCCCAGAAUUUUCUUUGUCUGAGAGUAAAGACUGUUAUUUGACCAUGACAGGUACUAUUAAAAGGGGAAAAAAGAAGGGGCAAAAUGUCGAUGUCAAGUUAAACAUAUCAAGAGAGGAGUUAGAAAUAAUUGAAGCAACAAUUGUUGCAGAGGAGUAUAACAAAAUGGAUGUUUCAAAAUGUUCCUUGUAUAAUGGUCCGCAUAUAUUUUUAUUCAGUCUUCUAUGCAUUCCGUUUGUUGCUUUCAUAUCAUCAAUGUAUUCAUUCUAUACGGGUACCAUGGCUUGGUAUAAUAUAUUUACACAUGUUACAGAAGAUUUCAGUUGUAUCAAGAAAGUGUUAUUGGCACCAAUAGUGAUACUAUCCUACCCAUUUCUGAUAGUAUUGUUUACGAUUGGUCUCGGGUUAUAUGCUGGGAUUUCACAACUUACAUUUAGUGGUGCUAACUGGUGGAAGGAUGUAUGUGAUUUCGAGAAAGGCUUUUAUGGAUGGCUCUGUAAUACUUUAGGUUUAUCUGAAUGCUGCCCUUAUGAAGUUGUUGUGUUAAUGGAUGUAAAACAAUAAAAAAUAAUUGUCUACACAUUCCAAAUUCGAAAUUCAGUAUCUCAUACUACAUAUUCAAUAUAAUGCAUUACUUAAACUAUUAUAUAAAGCAAUAUUUAUAAUUAUCGACUCUUAAAAGUUGAGUAACAAUUCUAUACUAAAAAUAAGGAAGAAUAUUUGUUAUCUACGUUCAAAUCCAGCUACAAUUAACUGCCAUCCUCAAAAAUGUAACAAAGAUAUAUUGACAUUAUCACAGCUUUUAUAAAUCAUAUUAAUUAAUUUUACAAUAUUAAAUCCUAUCAAAACAAUUCUAGUCAGAAAACAUAGUCAUUUUAUUAUUUUAAGGUAUUUAAUAAGUUUUAACAUAAGAUUGGAAUGAGGUUGAGGACAAACGAAAGAUUAAAAAAAAAAAAUAAGAGAAGGUAAAUUGGCGGGAACAAAAUGGGAUGUAACAGGUUUUAUACAAUAUUUUGAAUUUGUAUUUUUUACCUAGGAUUAAGAUGUAUUUUAAUGGGAUGUUUUUUCCAAUACGAGUCUUCUUUUGCUCAAAUUCUUCCAUUAUUUUAUUUAAUAAUUUUAUAAAAUGUCUAAUCAUAGUUGCCAUAUUUUCGCCUAAAAUAUCAAAGUCCAUUAUCAUCUAAGUAUAUAUAACCUACCAAUGGUGUAUAAUAGAUGUUAUAAUAAAACCAAUUUUUAUCUUAUUGCAGAGUGGAUGAAAAUUUUAAAAACUUAUUUAAUCUGCUUGUUAUGUAGCACAAUCAACUUUUAUAAUAAUCGUAAGUUUAUCUAUUUUGAACAGAGAAUUUAUUUAAGCCAAGGAUCAUUUUUAUGUAUAAUGUUUGUAUUCAUAAAAUGUAAGUCUAAAUGUUGUCAUUCAAUCAGUUGACAUAAUUAUUAGUUUCUUAAGCAAAAAAAAAACUUUGUACUGCUUAGGGUUUUUUAAUAAUCAUAUCAGGCUUAAAUUAUUUUUAAGCGAUGUAUCUGCUUAUGCUGCAUUUUUAUAUAAUGCCAUAACUAUUUUACAUAAUCAUGUUACAUAGUUAAAGACUGAUGUAUUCUAGUCACUAUUGUGUCCAUUUUCUACGUAAUAAAAUAUUUUAUAAAACAUAAUUGUUUUACUAAAACAAUAAUUAUCUACAACAAAGAACAAUUUCAUUUUGUUUUUUCAUGAUGAGGCCUUGGAUUGACUUUGAUCUUGCUUCGGUUGAUUACUUUUCAGUUCUGUUUCUAUUCUCUCCUUAGCUCUAACUAUUUUAGAUUGUAAGUAGAAGGAACCACCUUUUGCCUUAUCAUUAACAUUGAACAAAUGUUCAUAGUUGUUAUUAAUUUUUUCAGGGUCUAAUUUUUCUACGUUUAAAAUCUGCAUAGCUUCUUCUAGUGUCAGUCCUGUGGAAGCAUUUGCUGCCGCUCUUCUUGCGCCUUCAGGGCCUCCACCAGCUCUUUUAGCAGCCUCUUGUGACGCAGCUAAUUCCUGUUUUAGUGCCCUAGCAAACGCUCGUCCGACAACCUGAGUUCCAAGAACUAUUAUUUGAGCAAUAUAUUUUGCCAUUUUUUGAUUAAGAAAUAAGAAAAUGUUAAAACCAAUGUCAUUACGACAAAACCAAA